AAAGAGAUGAUGAACAUAGUUAACAUGUUGUUCAUGAACAAGGAGAAGCCGCCCUUCUUGGUGCUGCUUGGCGCUCAGCUGUUGUCUGUGGUCGGAGACAGCUUUGGCCAGAGGUGCAGUCGUGUCAGCUUCAAGCACUCGCCCAGACAUAUGAUGAUUGGUCUGUGUCUGAUGACAGCGAUCCAGAUGUUUGUAAUCUUCAGUAUAUUGCAGCUGGCACUGCCCGUCUCGAUAACAGGCGCCAUCUACAUUAAUAAUGUCAAGGUGCCAUGCUUCGAGCAGCUGGACGUCCAGGGCAAGAUCGAGGACUGCACACUACCUCCAAACAGCAACUGCACGGUAAUCCCAUGCAAGUCGCAAGGACCAUUCUCUAUGUUCCACUCCAUAGCACUGCAUCCCUUCCUACUGUGUAAUGGCGCGUUCAAUAUUAUAUAUUACAAUGGAGAGGUUAUGCUUUAUAAGGAGCCACUUGGACUGUUGUUCCUGGUCAUUGCCGCGCUGUCCUCCACUUUCCUGAUCAAUCCCUUGAACAAAAUAUUUGGUCAGCCAAUCAAUCAACCUAUCCCGCCUUUAAUUUAUGUGUUUGGUAUACUUGGAUCAAUACUUAGUGUGAUAGAGUUUAGUCCAAAGCCAUUGGUAACAUCAAAGGAUGGAACAGCCAACAUUCAGAACGCUGAUGAACAGUCGCCACAGGGUCUGAUCAACGAUGUUGAGGAGGAUAAUGCUGGCAAGACUGGCAAAUAUGACGAGUCGGUCGACUACUCCUACGACAAGAAGGACGAAGACCACGAGUAUCCAAUCAUCAAGAGUCUGCAGAAUGAGACCGACCCACUUCUAAACGACAACGUGGUCAUCAUCCCACAGCCCGACUCGCCAUACGUCAAGAAGGACUGGAAGUACUGGCUAAGCAUCGUUGGACGCGUGGCCAUGAUGAGUUUGCGCAUUCUCAUCCCCAUGAUGUUGCUGUGUCUGGCCAAUGCGCUGUGGAUGGAGACAUCGCUCUUCUACAACAAUGACUUCCGUGUCAAUGCGUUUGGCUACAACUCGCUCGAUCAGAUCCUGUUGCCAUUCUACCUGUUCCCCUUCAUGCUGAUCGUCGAUUUUAUCCCACCCCUCAAGAAGGUUAUCCUCACCGAGGAGGACGCCAGCGAGUCUCUGCUCACUGCCAUCAAGAACACCUGGACCGAGACCAAGCAUUGGAAGAACUUGGGUUCCCUAUUCCUCUACCGUUUCUUGAUUAACUCGCGUGCAAUUAUAUACUUCUACCUGGCCAUCGAGUAUGACCUCACUCUUGUCUACUUGGAGCUCACAUUGAUCCGUGUCGUCUUGAAUUGGAUUGGCGCUGUGAUCCUCAACUUGCUUGUUCCAAAGUUCAUUAAUGCAACUGCCGAAGAGAGAAGAAAGACAUUCCUUCCAGUCAACAUAAUUCUGAAGUGUGCUGGUACUGCUGGUGUGGUGGCCAGUUUGAUCAUUCUCAACAAGUAA